AACGAGUUUAUCUUUUGAUAUCAUCGAUUUGUGUUUGUUUGAUAAUAAUAAAUUAAUAAAUAAUUCUUGUGCACCUAGUACCUACAACUCAACUAUAUACCUACGUCGGUUUACAUCAGCAACUAGAUUAACUAGACCAUAUAACAUUCUAAUACGUUUAUACAUGUUCUCGGAUUGUUAAAAAUUGUUAUUAAUGUAUUACAUUACCAUGUCCUAAGUGCUUUGAAUGAAUACAGUUUGGAUAUGGUUUAAGUUCAAUUCGAGAUUUCGAUAGGUAACUGUUUUUGGAAUAACAUAUUAUAUUGUAACCUCGGUACUCAUUUAUUAGUGUUUGUACUUUAUUAUGUGAAUUAUACAAAUAACUCCUAUAGCCAAAAUGAAUAGUCAAAAUUUUACAUUAGCUGAAAAUCUUAUACCUUCUUCGUAUGUCCAGCAAGCAGCUAGUGCUUUGAGAACAAGAGAGAACUUGGCUAAAACAUUAAUGGAACAAAGAAAAUGGCCAGAUAAUGGUUGGGACGAUGCAACAAUUGAAAUGUUUCUAUCAAACUUAGCACUCAUGGACAGUAAUAACUUUAAAGAACAUGCUGGUGUUGGUGAACGAGAAGGACGUAUAGCAUGCAAUUUAGUUGCAAAACGACAUUUUCUUAUGACUCAUGGCAUUGGCAGGUCUGAAAAUAUUGCUGAAGUUCAACCUAAUGCCACAGGAUCUAGUUUAAUGAUAAAAUUAGUCAACGCUAUGCUCUUAGAGUCUAUCCGUUUUAUGGGAGUAGCAAGUGCAACUGGUUGUUUUAUGGUUCCGAUGGCUACUGGAAUGAGUUUGAUGUUAUGCAUGUUAACUUUAAAACAAGAUAGACCUGGGGCUAAGUUUGUACUAUGGUCCAGAAUAGAUCAAAAAUCGUGUUUCAAGUGCAUCAUUACAGCUGGUCUUCAACCAAUAAUCAUAGAUCCUAUACAAUGCGGUGAUGAGUUGCAUACAGAUGUACCAGCAAUUGAAGCACAAUUAUCGACACUCGGAUCAGAUAACAUAGUGUGUGUCCUUAGCACAACUAGUUGUUUUGCCCCAAGAGUAUCAGAUUCACUUGAAAAAGUUGCUUGUCUUUGUCAAAAAUACAAUGUACCACAUUUAGUUAAUAAUGCAUAUGGUUUACAAUCUACCAGACUGAUGCACUCAAUCCAAGAUGCUUCAAGAAAAGGGAGGAUUGAUGUUUUUGUUCAAAGUACUGAUAAAAACUUUUUAGUUCCUGUUGGAGGUGCUAUUAUUGCUGGGUUUGAUAAAACUAUUUUAGAUAAAAUUACUAGAAAUUAUCCAGGAAGAGCAUCUUGUAGUCCUGUUAUGGAUAUCUUCAUAACAUUACUGUCAUUGGGUACUAAUGGUUAUAAAGAAUUGAUAACACAGCGUAAAGAAGUACACCAACAUUUACGAAAAGAACUCGGAAAGAUUGCAGCUAAAUAUGGUGAACGUUUAUUGGAUAUACAAAAUAAUCCUAUAUCUAUAGCUAUGACAUUGACAUCAUUAAGUGUUCCAAAUGUGGCUGAAACUGAUACAAAAAAACUAAGUCAGCUAAGCUCCAUGAUGUAUAUGCGCCAUGUUACAGGUUGCAGAGUUAUAUCAUCUGUUGAAGUCAAAGACGUCUGUGGAUAUAAAUUUGAUGGUUGGGGAGCACACAAAUCCAACUACCCAUGUCCUUACAUUACAGCUGGUGCCUCAAUAGGUGUUAAAAAGUCUGAUGUCGAUUUGUUUAUCCAAAAAUUGGAUAAAGUUAUUGCUAGGUUAAGAAAAUCGCCGCCAUCCAAUCUGGAAACUCCAUCAUCAUCUGAAGGUAAUGAUACUACAUCAAUGCGACGGACAGCAACAGUUGCAUCUAGCUAUCGAAGUACAGUAAAUGGAGUUUACUCUACUGGAGAUGGCAGUACAUCAACUUCACGCACAUCUAGUGUUGAUAACUUACGUAAACAUUAAUAGUUAUGUUUACAUUCUAGACAUCAUUUAAACUACAUAAUAAUAUGUAUGUUAAUGUUCUAUUUUAGUCAAUUUUUGCUUGUAGAGCAGAAAAGGGAUCUCUGGAGUUAUAUUUUAAAAUAUUCAAUAUUGAAUCCUUAACUCUUAGUAGUUGGUUAUUUUAUACGGUUCAGGUUAUAAAACUAUUAGAUGAUGCCUUUCACCAUGACGUGUUAGGAUUUAUAGAAUAUAUUUUAUCAUAUUAUAUUCAGAUGCCUAUAGACUACUGAAUGACUCAAUAAUUCUAUUCAUGUAAGUUAAAUGAAAAGGAAAGCUUAAGUUUUAAAUUUAAUUAAGUUAAUAUUUUUAAAAAUAUAAGAAGUCUAGUCAUAGUAUACUAAAGUAAAAAAAAUGUAUGUUCCUCAUAAUUUGUAUGAGUAAGGAGAAAUUGUUUUCCCUGAAAUGAGUAUUAUAAUUUCUUAUAAAUCUGGAUGAUUUUUAGUAAUUUUUACACAUAACUAUUCAAUAAAAAUGUAUUAUUUAAAAAUACCUUAUAAUAUAAUAUCAUUGAAUAUUUAUUAUCAUCAUAGAUAAUCAAUGGUUGUUUGGUAUGAGUUAAAUACACAUUGGAUUAAUAUAAAAUAUUGAUACAUGUUAUACUUAAGUACAUUUUUUUCUCAAAUUGUAUUUUGUAUAAGAUUUAAUUGAGAGGUAUUUUUAUUUUUAAGAUCAAUUAUUUUCAUUCACAUAAAAAACCUUAAGGUAUGCUAAAGUUGAAUAGAUAGAUAGUUGUUGUCUUAACUAAAUUUUGUUAUUUUACUCAUGUAUCACUUACGGCAUAGUAAAUUCAAAAUAUGCGUCUGAAAUAGAUUUUUGUAUUUUUAAAAUUUGAAUUGCCUUUUUAUAUUUUAAUUAAAUUUUAAAUUAUAUUGAAGUACGGUGGUUAUUAAAAUAAGUGCAAAAAACACAAUUCAGAGAAAUAAUGCUUUGAAGCUUAAUUUAAUUAAUAAUUGUACUUUAGAAUUCAAUCCAGAAAUCCCUUAAGAGUUAAAAUACACUACUCGAGUAUUUUGAAGAACAAGAUUUAUAGUCCAUUUAUAAGUUAAUGACAAUGUGUUGUACAAAAAAAAUUAAACAUUAAAAUUUAAUAUAAAUUAAAGGUGCUUUUAAGUUUUUUAGUAUAAUAAGAACAAUUUUAGGCAAGUUCCUUUUUUUAAAUUUUUGUUAAUCACAUUGCUCAAUAUUAAUAGUUUUACAUAUUCUAGUCUGAUGCUUUAUUUCUGAUAAUGUUUUAAUAUUUCAGCCAACAUUUUGAGUUUAGCGAGUACUUAUUGAUAUAAUUAAGGUUGUACAAUAUCUAUUAUUAAUUUACUUAGAUUUAAUAUAAUUUGUUAAAUAUUGAGGUACAAAAUAGAUUAGUAAUAUUAAGUAUUAACUACAUUGUAAAAUGCUAUAAUGGAAGGAGUAAAACACCUAGAAUAAUAAUAUACUAAUACUUAUGUAUUUUUAUUUCUAAAUUAGUUGUGUCGGAAAAUAAUAACUCAUAGUAAAUACCUAACUAAAGAUUUUUUUAUUUCUCAGUUAUUGAUUGGAUUAUUUGCCCAUCAAACCUUAUCUAAUGUUUAUUUUAUUUUUAUUUUGAAUAAUUAAAAACCUAAUGCUAUCUGUGAUUUAAAAAAGAUCUAAAUACUCUGGUUUUAAAGGAUAUUGUUGAAUAAGUGUCAUAUAUUAAUAAUCAGACAUUUGAUAUGACAUGUUUGUUAUAAAUAUUUUAUAACGUUAUAGGACGUGAUACCUUUAUAUAUUGUCUCCGUCUUACGACCGCAUAACAUAGCAAAUUUUACGCUCAGCAGAACGUGUUAGUUUAAAAACUAGAGUAAAUUGGCCUCUUAUAAAAUCUAAAGGUAAUAUUAUAUUCUAGGCAACCUCUUGGGCUUUUUAUUAUAUUUUAAUUUUAAAGCGAGUUAUGAGUAUUUUAAGCUGUACAAACAGUUUAUAAUUUGAAAAUACUCAUACCUCGCUUUAAAAUUAAAAUAUAAUAAAAAGCACAAGAAGUUGCCUAGAUAAUAAACUUAAAUUUAGAUAUCAUAAGAGGUCAAUUCACUCUUAAUUUUUCAAUUCACUCCAAUUUUUCAAUUCACUCUAACGGAGCUAUACCUGUUCUGCUGAGUAUAAAAUGUGCUAUGUUACGCACUUGUAAGGCGGAGACAACACAUGCGAGUAUCACAUGCUCUUAAGUAAAAUAAGUUGUGAAAAUCUAUGAUAAAUACUGUAAUUAUAACAUUCCUAAAUCAGAACUAUUUGAAAAUCUUAUUUACCAUAAUAAGGUAUCUUUUUUAAAUUAUUUAUUAGUAUUUUAUUUAGAUCGGACAUUCCCUUUUAAGUUUUCCCUAGUUUGUUUUAUUUUUAAAUUAUUUAAUUACCUAUUAUUUAUUUAUUUUUAAUUGUUUGACCAGUUUAUUACAUUUAUAGAAUUGAUUAUAUUAUUAUAAUACCCUAUGGGCCGUAUUUAUAGCCAAUGUUUAAGAAUGAGACAUUUUGCUUAAUCUAAUUUUGAUAAUUUUAAAAAAAAAUUAUGAUAAUAACUAAAAGUAAUGCUUAAGGUAGGUCUCAACCAACCUUGAUUUAACUAAUACUUUUUCUUUUAUUAAGCCAAAGUUUCAUUUAUGAAUCUCUUUUGAGUCAUAACUUAAGCUUAAGCAAUACUUAUUCUUAAGUAUCGACUAUGAAUACGGCCCUAAGAACUGGUAUGAGCACAUACAUAGUGAGGGUGUGUCAUUUGUAGCCAAUAAAAAGUUGUACAAUUUAUUUAUGAGCUAAUAUUUAUUCAUUGUUUCCAAUUUCUCAUAGUUUUUAAUGAAAUAAUUUUGAACUGAAAUUUAGGUUCCUUUUUUUUCACGGUUUUUGAAUAAAAAUCAAAUCAUAAGAGCAUUUAUUAUUCUAUAAUUUGUUCUUUGAUUUCUGUCUAGUCAACUCUAUGUACUCGCAAAACUCUAAACAAAAAUGUAAAAUACAAAAAAUGGUUCAAGGAUAAUUCAAACACUUUUAUUGAAUUAUUAAAAGUAUAUUUUAUUAAAAGGGGAUGGAAUAACAUUGAAACUAAUGGAGGCUGAACUAAUUUAAUUUAACUAAAUAUUUCUUCCAUACAUUUUUAAGUUAUAAGCAUUUUCUUUUUAUAUAUAGUUUUCUAUCAUGUCUAUGUGAUAUUAUUGAAAUCAUUUAGAUUUAAAAUUUUAGUCACUAUACAUUAUUGGCUCAAGUUAAUGCAUCUAAAACGUUUUUAAAUUUAUUUAUUAUAAUUUUUUUUUUCAAUAUCCUGUUCCACUAUUUUUAUUAAUUUAUACUGUAUAAACUAUUAAAUAAAUAUUACUAUUUUUAUUGGACAAUCACUUAGUUUGAAUAUAUAUUUAAAAUAAAGCAUUUCGAGUUUAUUUACCGUUUAAUUUGCAUCAACUUAGCCAAAUAAUUGUUAUUAACAAAAAGUAAAAACUAUGUUAAAAAAAUGGUGUAAAUAUAUUCUUUUGCUUGUACAAUUUUUUUUACAACACUGUGCAAUGUGCAAUAAUUUAAAAUUUGUAGUAUCACAAU